GGGGCGGCGGUCGGGGCCGUGUGGCCUGCGCUGUGUGUGUGUCCCCGCGGCAGCCCAGCGCCAGCUGCAGCUCAGUGAUCCCAGCCGGAUCCUGAGCGGGGAACACGGGCUGAAGCGGAGGCUGCGGCCCCGCCCCGGGGCUUCAUUGUUGAGGCUGCCGCGGCUCUGUCGGCUGCUCAGCUGCCCUCCAGUCGGCCCAGGCGCCGCGGCUAGGAGCGAGCGCUGCGAGGCGGCGGCCUGAGACUCAGUAGAGGAAGCUGAGACCGAGCAGCCGCAGGAACGAGAAAUACCUCCACCUUGCCUGGGCCCGGAGCCACAGGAGACCCUGCGGAAGAUGAAGAAUGUUCUGGAACAAUAUAACAAAGACCUGCCCAGGCUGCCCCCAGCAUCCAGCAACGUGAGUUUGCAGGACCCUAAGGAGCUCUCCUUCUGCUUGGAAGCUGAGGAUGACUGGGAGGACCCAGAGGCCCUGAGCUCACUGCUGCUAUUCCUGAACGCCCCCGGGUACAAGGCCAGCUGACGUGGCGCUGCCAUGGCUGAGCAGCGUGUUCUGCAGCUUUAGCGACGAGGAGCUGACUGGGCACCUGGCACAGGCCCGAGGGGUGGCCAAGAAAGCUGGCCUCGUCAUGGUCCUGGCCAGGCUCUGCUUCCUCCUGGGGCGGCUGUGCAGCAGGAGGCUCAAGCUGUCCCAGGCCUGGGUGUACUUUGAGGAAGCACCGGGGGCCCUGGAGGGCAGCUUUGGGGACCUGUUCCUGGUGGUGGCUGUGUACGCCAACCUGGCCAAUAUUUACUGGAAGCAGAAGAACUGGGAGAAGUGUACACAGGUGGUUCCCAAAGCUGUGGCCCUGCUCCUGGGGACGCCUGGCCACAUCUGCAGCACUGAGGUGGAGGGGGAGCUCCUGCAGCUGGUGCUACGGUGGGCGGUGGGUGGCCAGAGCCUGCAGGCCGAGGCCCGGGCCUGCUUCCUGCUGGCCAGGCACCACGUGCACCUCAAGCAGCCCGAGGAGGCCCUGCCCGUCCUAGAGCGGCUACUGCUUUUGCACAGGGACUCGGGAGCCCCAGAGGCUGCGUGGCUCUCAGACUGUCACCUACUCCUAGCUGACAUCUACAGCUGCAAGUGCCUGCCCCACCUGGUGCUGAGCUGUGUCAAGGUGGCCUCAUUGAGGGCACAGGACUCACUGUCCAGCUCGCUGAGGAUCGUGAACCUGGUGCUCCAGAACGUCCUUCAGCCCCACAGCCUCCCCACUACCUCAGGCGAGCGCUGGCCUCCCUAACCCGGGGCACAGGCCAGGCAAUGCGCGGACUUCUCCACGCCAGCCUGGCCCAGCUGUACAGCCACCAUGGCUACCACGGCCCGGCCAUCACCUUCAUGACUCAGGCGGUGGAAGCCAGUGCUGUUGCCGGAGUCCGUGCCAUCAUGGACCGCCUGGUGGCUGUGGCCUGGCUGCACGUGCUUCAGGGGCAGAGCCCAGCGGCCCUGAACAUCCUGCAGUCUGUCCAGGAUGCAGUGGUGGCCAGUGAGGACCAGGAGGGCGUGAAUGCCAACAUGGUGGCCGUGGCUCUGAAGAGAACGGGCCGGACGAGGCAGGCAGCCGAGAGCUACUACCACGCCCUACGGGUGGCUUGGGACCUGGACCAGAGGAGGAACCAGGCAGUGGUGCUGGCCAACUUCGGGGCCCUGUGCCUGCACGCGGGUGCCAGCAGGCUGGCCCAGCACUACCUCCUGGAGGCCAUGAGGCUGUUCUCGAGGCUGCCCUGCAGGGAGUGUGGCCGGGACUUCACCCACCAGGGCCCGGCUCAGCAGGGCAAGGGCUACUACGAGUGGGCCCGUCUGGUCGCCAUGGAGAUGGGCCACGUGGAGAGUGGGUACCCCGGGUUGUCCUGUGCACCUUCCAGGGCCACUCGGGUCAGGGCACACCUGGAAUUUGUGAUUCAGAAACAAGUGGUUUUUCCACCAUCGAAAGUGCUGAGUCAUGGCCAACAGCAGAUGUUGGCAAGUGCCCUGGAGACAGGCCGUUCCCAUGCAGGGCCAGGCCCUCUGUGCCUACUGGGGCAGCCAGCUCUUCCCGGUUUGCCCAGGGACCAUCCUGCCUUGAGCACUGAAAGGCCUGCGUGCUGGGAAUCCCUAGACAUAACCCUGGGGUCGAGGCAGGCUCUGCUGAGCUGGGACUUGGGGCCCCUCCAUGAGCCAGGCCUGGAACGCCGGUUCUUGUGCCUGUGUUAUCUGCUUGGUAUGUUGGCAGCCUGUGCACCUGUCAUCCCACUUCACAGAGGACACGGGGCAGGUGAUUGCCCAAAGCCGCAGAGCAGUUCACGCAAAAGCUUGUUGUGCAGAGUGGGCCAGGCCCCACCCACAAAUGGGGCUUGUGGGGUCCUCAGGUGGCAGUGGCUGAAUGUAGGAAUGUGAGCUUCAGGCCAGAGAAGCCACAAAAGGGGCCUACAAAUCCUCUCUGGACUACACCAAACGAAGUCUGGGGAUUUUCAUUGACCUCCAGAAGAAAAAGGAGGCGGCGCAUGCCUGGCUGCAAGCAUGGAAGAUCUACUACAUCCUGCGGCAGAGCGAGCUGGUGGACCUGUACAUCCAGGGGCACAGAAUGUGGCCCUGUACACAGGCGACCUCAACCUGGGGCUGGAGCUGUUUGAGGCAGCUGGAGACAUAUUCUUCAAUGGGGCCUGGGAGCGGGAGAAAGCCGUGUCCUUCUACCGGGGGACCGGCUGAAUGAGUGCGUGGCCUACCACCGGCUGGCUGCCCUGCACCACCGGCUGGGCGACGGCGAGCUGGCGGAGCACUUCUACCUCAAGGCCCUGUCGCUCUGCAACUCACCGCUGGAGUUCGACCAGGAGACCCUCUACUACCUGAAGGUGUACCUGGUGCUCGGCGACAUCAUCUUCUACGACCUGAAGGUGGGUGGGAGGGGCAGGGCUCGGGGUGUUCCCGGCCCCCUUGGAGUGGGAUCUCCACCCAGACCCCAGAGGCCUGGGUUCCAGCCUUCCUUAGGAAUGGCCCAGUGGCCUCCCGGGAGCUCUGCACCCAGCUGGAGGAGCCGGCAAGGUUAGCAGAUACAACCCAGCUCCCAAGGUGGCCAGGCCCCACCCUCAAGAACUCAGUCUCAGCCAGGGAGGCUGACACAUGAGCGGGCAAUGGUGGCCUCUGGGUAAAGGGGAUCGUAGUCGGGAGGCCCUCCUGGAGGAGGUGACACCAAAGCUGAGUCUUGACAGUCAAGUGUCAAGUUGCAUUUAACAAAAACAGGGUCGGGGGAGGACACUUAGGAGGAUGGCAUCAUCCUCAUGUUGAAUCCACAUUGCAAGAUCCAACCCAAAUCCCAGCGCCUCCUCUAGGAAGCCUGCCCAGGGUGCCA